AAUUAUAUAUUUUUUCAGGGAAGAAUUAUACUUGUGAUUUUGAAUAUGAUAUGUGUGAAUGGAAGAAUGAAAAUGACGAAGGUUUAAUUUGGAGUCGUGGUCAAGGAUCUACCGUAACGCCUUUCACUGGACCAUCCGAAGAUCAUACUAAACAAUUAGGAAAUGGAUGGUAUGUGUAUGUGGAUGUCAGUAAGGGUAAAGGAAAUGCAAGAUUAUUAGGUCCUGAGAUUAAUGGAAUAUACUGUUUGCAAUUUUGGUAUCAUAUGUACGGUGCAGAUGUAAACCGCUUAAGGACAUAUCUGAAGAUCAAAGAAAAGACAGAUGUGGUUUUUCAUCGCAAAGGUACGCAAGGCUUUCGCUGGAAAGAAGCAAAAAUGACAAUUGGAAAUAAAGAUCUUGUAUACCAGGUGAUGUUUGAAGUAGAACAUAAACUUAAGCGAUUUAUAAAAGGUGAUAUUGCCUUGGAUGAUAUUAGUUUAAACAGUGGAGCCUGUUCAUUCACUUCAGCACAAGAGGAUGAGAUAUGUACCUUUGAUAACAAAAAUGAUUGUGGAUAUAAAUUUGUUAAUGAUAAAUAUUUUCAAUGGAGUCUUAUUCAAGCUGGGGUUGAUCGAUUAGUUUAUCCAAGGACAGAUCAUUCGCUUGGAACUAAUAAAGGAUGGUAUUGGAUUCUCUCAACAAAAAGGGGUGGAAAAAUAAAUAAGAAUGCAACACUUACAAGUCCUUGGUUUACAAGAUCAAACUCAGAGAAAAAAAGAUGUAUUCAGUUCUAUUAUUCUGUAUAUUUAGUGUCAGAUGUUGUCCUCAAUGUUAGUUUUAUAAAUGAUAAAGAAGAAAGAUUAGUUAUGUCAAAAGAGGCAUUUGUAAAAGAAAAGUGGACAUACGCUGAAGCUGAAUUUGAUCCUAGCAUGAGAUAUAUGGUGGAAUUUCAAGGCAGUUUUGGUGAUUCUUUAAAUUCUAUAGCAAUUGAUGAUGUAAAAGUUAAAACUGGAAGUUGUCCUGAAUCAGGAUACUGUACAUUUGAGGAAAAUUUAUGCACUUGGUCACAUGGAGAUGGUGAUAUAGAAUGGCUUCGGAAUACCGGAAAAGCAGUUUCUUCAGAGAAAGGACCGGAUGUGGAUCAUACAAAAGGAAAAAAAGGAUAUUACAUCUUUAUAAAUAUUGAAAAUAAAACUCCAGGUAUGGUUGCAAUAUUGAAAAGUGAUAUGUUUCCACCAAUAAGAAAUAAAAAACGGUGCAUGGGCUUUUGGUAUAACAUGAAUGGCACUGACGUUGGAUCUUUAAAGGUGAAUAUAAGUAUAGAUGGUGUUACAAGUGAUCCUCUUUGGGAAUUAGACGGUGGACAAGGACCAAAUUGGCAAAAAGGGACUGUUCCACUCGAUUCAGCAAUUAAAGGAUAUCAAGUAAUAUUUGAAGGAACUGUUGGAAAAGGAAAAACAGGAUUUAUUGCACUAGAUGAUGUCUAUUUUACAGAUGGUGAUUGUACAAUUUCUCCAUUAAAAGCAGCUUUAUAUAAUUUAGGUAAUGUUUAA